AUGGCGCGCGCGGCUCAAACAGUCAACACACACCGCAACAUGUACGCGUAUCUCGCGCUCCUUGUUGCGCUUUCCGCUCAGAGCAUCGCUGCGCCUGCGCCGCCGCGAGACCGACUCGGAUACGAGAGAGAAAUAGACUCAUCCAGUUAUAAACAAACAGGGAAACUACGCGACUAUAUACUCAAUGAAGAAUACAUAAAUAAUCAUAAAAGCAAAUCAAAACUAAUAACGAAAUAUAGACCGGACGAGGCAGUUGCUGCCGACAACGUCAUCUUAGAAUCGAAUGUGGUCAAGAUUGUCAGGCCUAGAAAAUUGGAGGCUGGCGAGUUGGUGAGACAGCGGCGUGGAUACAAUUUAGAAAAUGUUAAUGUUCCUGCAAGAUAUCCAUACCUCCCAGUACCGCGGUAUAAUAGAUUUCGCCGUUGGGGCUAG